AUGGCCUCAUCAGGCAGCGUCUUCUCCGAGACUCUCCAAGAAAUCACGAAAACCAAGCUCGAGGAGCUUUCCAAGCGGCGCAAGAACUUUGAGACCUCCAAGGCCGCCGUGCUCGCCUACCUCGACGAGGAGACCGACAAAGUCGCGCGGAUCAAGGCCCUCAGCAGCGGCGUCAAGCGAUGCCUCGGCGUCGCUGUCGACAAGAACGGCGCCGUCGUCCUGCGGGCGGGCAAGCAGGGCCCGCUCGAGAUUGAGCUCAAGAACCUGGAUCGGUUCCUCCAACAGGCGCGCCACGACCCUUCCGUCUCCGCCAAGAUGCUCGAUGCGUGGGAGGCCUCCCUGCUCGGUCACCUCGGUACGCAGUCGCUCAAGUUUCAGUACGCGGAUCUCUACGGCCAGCUCGUCACCGAAUGGCUGUCUGGCGACCGCACGCCGGCGCCCAAGAAGGAGGAUGCUGAUGUCGAGAUGGGGGACGAUUUUGAGGAUGUCGGCAGCGCAGCCAAGCUCGCGGCGCGGGCCGAGUGGGAGAAGACGGUUUUCGAGCCGGCCAACGUCGACGUGAAGGCGUUGGAGAGAUACCUUGCCAAUCUGUUUGGUGCCGGUGGUGACCCGGAGAGAGAGAAGCUGCGCGACGCCCUCGAGAAACUCCGAAGCGACGUGCCGUGUCGAGACAUCAUGUCCGACCCACCAGUCACAUGCUCUCUCUGCGCGCAUCACGACUCUCAGCAGUGA